AUGGCAUCUGCAGACUCCAAGGUUGUUUUCGUAACUGGGGCCAACCAGGGCCUGGGCCUCGCCAUCAUCGAGGUGGCCGGCCUGCGCUACCCAGACAACGUCUACAUCCUGGGCAGCCGCGAUGUCGGCAAGGGUGAAGAGGGCGUCCAGCAACUGCGUGAGAAAGGCGUCAAGGCCCGCGUCGACGUCGUCCAGCUCGAGGUCGACAACGACGAACAUAUCACCGCCGCCGUCGACUACGUGGCCAAGGCGUACGGCCGCCUCAACGUGCCGGUCAACAACGCAGGGAUGCUGCGGGGCGUCGGGGUGCGCGAGGAUGACCCGGCGGCGAUCCGGGCGACGUACGCGUCGCUGUUCGACGUGCACGUCACAUCGGUGGCGGUGCUGACCCUGAUUUUCAAGCCGCUGCUCUACCGGGCGCGCGCCGCUGCCCGCCGCAUGUUCCGCGUGCCGCCCUACGGCGCCUCCAAGGUCGCCCUCAACGGCCUGACCGCCCACCUGCAGGUCGACGAGAACGACCGCGCUGCUGAUGACGCUGCUCACCCCGAAGCGCCAUCGCUCGGCCCGCGCAUCCGCUUCUUCAUCUCGAAUCCCGGCGUGCUGGCUACUAGCUUCUCGGGAUUCCAUCCCCGCGGCAAGGCGCCCCAGCUUGGCGCCGAGUCGGCUGUGCGCUUGAUUGGCGAUGCUGAGGGGGAGUAUGAUGACUACAUCCAGUGGGAGUUUGAGGGCGGGGAGAUGAGAAAGGUGCUGUGGUAG